GAUCUGUCCCCUUCUCUCUCUAUAUGUAUUAUCAAAUACUCCUCAGAUUCCAUGUUCUUCGCUUUCCCUUUCUUUCCAACCUCAUAAUCAUUAACUUCACCAACUCAUAAUAAUUCUCUCUUAAACAAAACAGAAAAACAAACCCACACACUGUCAUAACAUAACAACAACACCAACACACAAAAAAAAAACAAUAUUUAACAUACAUUACGUACACUUUCUCUAUUCUCUCUCUCUUUUUAUUUUUCCUUCCCAAAAAAUGGUUUCACCUUCUUUGCCUUCAUUUUCCAUUCUCUUUUUUCUCAUCUCAAUAUUUUCAACAACGGUUUCAUCUCUCACCUGUUCAACUCAGAAACUCACCGGAACAAAAACCUACUCGUACUGCCUCGACCUCCCCGUACUCAAUUCAUACCUCCACUACACCCACGACCAGAAAAACUCCACGCUAUCGGUUGUCUUCAUCGCGUCCCCGCCUAGUCCAGCCGGUUGGGUUUCCUGGGGAAUAAACCCAACUGGCACCGGAAUGGCGGGGGCGCAGGUGAUUGUGGCGUUUAAGAAUGACACCGUGAUGGCCAUAAAGACUUUGGACCUUAAAUCUUACAGCGUGAUUAUACCUGGGAAGCUGUCGUUUGAUGUUUGGGACAUGAAAGCGGAGGAAGAUGGUGGCGGUUUUAUGAAGAUUUUUGCGACGGUUAAAGUUCCUGUUAACGUUGACGGCGUUAAUCAUGUUUGGCAAGUGGGUUCCGCCGUGAUGGCAGGAAGGGUGGGUCCGCAUGAGUUUAAUCCACCAAAUUUAAAUUCUAAAGGAAGGCUUAGCUUGAAUGGUGCAGAGGUUUCUGAUGUUCCUGUAGAUUUUGCCAUCAAAAAGAAAAAUAUUCAUGGAUUACUAAAUACAGUGAGUUGGGGUAUUUUGUUUCCCCUUGGGGUAAUCAUGGCAAGAUAUGUGAAAACUUUCCCAUCAGCUGAUCCUGCUUGGUUCUAUCUUCAUGUUGGUUGUCAAUUAUCUGCUUAUGUUCUUGGAGUUGCUGGGUGGGCAACUGGCAUUAAACUUGGAAGUGAAUCAGAGGGGAUUACUUUCAGUGUUCAUCGUAAUGUUGGAAUUACUCUCUUUUGUCUUGCAACUAUACAGAUAUUUGCAUUGUUGUUGAGGCCAAAUAAGGAUCACAAAUAUAGAUUUUACUGGAACAUCUACCACCACAGUUUCGGAUACACAAUAAUCAUCCUUGGAAUUCUCAACAUAUUUAGAGGCCUUGAGAUCCUAAGCCCUGACCACAAAUGGAAAUCAUCUUACAUUGUAGUGAUAAUUGCAUUGGCUGUAAUUGCCUUAGUGUUGGAAGCUAUCACAUGGAGUUUUGUGAUGAAAGGAAAGUCUAAAAACAACAAUAAAACCUAUGAUGGACAAACAAGAAACCAACACCUUGAUGUCUGAAUCAUUUGACUAGAUUUAGGUUGUUCUUCUCAUGGAAGACUCUGGUUUUCAAUGUUUUGUUUAGAUAUUUUUAGAUGCUUCUACCAUUUUGUUUCCUAGUUCUUAUAUGUUGUCUGUGUAAUAUACUUCGUUUCAUAGUGGGUUCAUAGUGGGAAUUGCAAUGUCAACGAUAUAACAUGGGAGAUCAAAUUGAAGGUUUGGAGAUGGUCGUUUUCUGGCGAAAUUGCUUAUUCCAAAUGUAAUUUUUACGACUUUUGUAAAAACCCGUUGUUUUACUUAAUGUAGAUUUUAGUUGGUUAGUAAUUUCCUUUUUAGAGCGUUCGUGCUCCACUUUUGUAAGUGGGUUCGAGUACCUCUAGUACUCUAUCUAAUAUUAUCCUUGCUUAUAAUAAAAAGUUAUAACAGUAUAUUGGUGUAGAUAUUGUUAUAUUU